GCGAACGGUCGACGGCAAAGAGUUUUAAUUGUUUGGACGAGCGAGCGGUUCGAAGGACCGCGGUACGACCCGGCUGAGCGCUUUUCAACCUUUAGAUAUUUCAGUACACGUAUCGAUAAAACUGCGAUUAUCUCUAAUCUCGUUUAAUGAAAUAGUCGGCGAUAGAUUUCCCCGUGUUCGUUGGAUCGCGUAUUGUUCGAUUUCCGCGACAGUUUUAGUGAAGAAAGUGUAUCCUAUGUUGGAGAGAAAUAAGAAAAAGUUCGGAUUCCGUGGGAUUUGCCGCUAAAGUGUGUUAAGUACGAUGUCAACAGACAGAUUUCAUAAAGCUGCAAAAGAUGGAGUCUUGGAAAUUCUCAAAGAAGCUACCAGCAGAGAUUGCAAUGGUAGAGAUGAACAAGGAAUGACACCAACUCUUUAUGCGGCUUUUCAUGGAAAUUUAGAAGCACUUAGAUUAUUAUGUGGCAGAGGUGGAGAUCCGGACAAAGCGGACCUAUUCGGCAACACCGCCCUUCACCUAGCAGCUGCGCAGGGUCAUAUGCGCAUAGUAACGUUUUUAGUAAAUUUUGGCGCCAAUAUCUACAAUACGGACAUCGAUGGCAAAACAGCACAAGAACUGGCCGGUAUAAACAACAGAGAAGAUAUUCUCAGAUUUCUUGAUGGAGUCACCGCUAAAAUGGAAGCCAGCGAUAAGAAGAAAGUCAAAGCUAUGAAGGAAAAAGCGAAAGAAAAUGCCAAAAAGAGAGUAAAGGAAUACAAUAAGAGAAAAGCAAAAACGGAACACAUCCAAGAAAAAUUAGAACGAAGACAGACGAAGGAUUACAAACCCUCCAUGAUCAACACAAUCAAGGCUCGUAUCAAAAGCGGUUCUAUGACCAACUUAUCGAAUCUGCCACCAGAGAGACGUACCACUUUCAGUAAUCUAGUCAUGGGCGGAACAGUCAAAGGCAAUAAAACAAUGGGUACGGUCCAGAGAAAAAUUCUAGCCAAUAAGAAUAACCGUUUAGGACAAAAUGAUGAAGACGAUUUUAAGGUAACGACAAUUCAAGAUGGGAAAGCAUCGAUAUCGAAACUUUCCGGUAUUAGAAGGGACUCGGAAGUGUUGUACGGGGGCACUUUGCAACGUUCAGCUUUCGAACCCUACAGAAGAGGAAGACUGGAUGGGAUUUUCAACGAGGCGGAACAAGUGGACAGUGCCGUACCACCCCCGCCCAGCAACGGACUGACUAGGAGCAUUUCGCAGCCGGACUUUCUGGCCGAGAUGCAGAAUAAUCCGGAUAAGCCGCAAAACGAAACAUCCGGUAUAUUUAUCAGACCGGGCAUUGGAAGCAUAGUCAUCAGGAAGAGUUUAACUUCAUUUGGUGGCUUUUACCAAAAUACUCCCGUUAGGCCGGAAGAGAGUUCAAUUGGAUCAGGGGAAAGUUACAGCCAAAGAAUCAUCACAGAUGAUGAGCUUUCAGAAUCCGAAUCUAGUGAAGAGGAGGAAAAUCCGAAUGCUCCUCUCGAAAGAUUUUUAACGGCUUUUGGACUGGGAGAAUACCUUUCCCGAUUCGUGGAGCAGAAGAUCGACUUGGAAACGCUGCUAAUUCUUACCGAGAAUGAUCUAAAAAGCCUCAGCUUGCCAUUAGGACCUUAUAGAAAAUUGGUCAAUGCAAUAAACGAGCGAAAAACAGCUUUAGAAAAUCCGGGCGAAGUUACCGACAGUAUGUUGUAAAUAAAUUCAGUUUACAGUCGCAAUUUUAGUCAAAAUAAAGUUCAGAUAUAUCAGUUUAAGUAUAGGUAGAUUAUACUAAGUUAUCUCUCUCUAAAGUAAUUUGAUCAUGUAUAUUUAUAAGUAAUUAUGAUAUAAUUUAUUGUAACAGAAGUUAUUUCAAAGAAUAAAUAUUUUAAUAUGAAAUAAAACACAAACCGAAA